UGUACUGUCUCAGCGCCGAUUCAACGUGAUCGCGAUUCGCGUCUCUCUCAGAGAAGCGGUGUGGUUUCUGGUGAGCGCUCAACUGCUUCGCUCGUACGCACUUUAAACAGGAUGUAGCGACUGAGACAGACAACGGAAAGAAAAAAGAAAAAAGAAAAAAAACAGCGGGUUAAACACUGCGAUGUGACAAACACCAGUGAGCCAGCAAUGACCGCCACAGCGGAGGAGAAGAAGACAGGAGGAGUCCCGAUGAGGCAGCUCACCGCCGGCAGGUCUUGACGGCUGCUCCCGCUGACCUGAGACGCCCCGCGCGGGUUACACACACUGAAAACCGAACAUAGCCGAAAUACUCCACAUCCCAUCGGUGAACCUUAAAAGAGACAAUGGCGAACCAGGGCGACUGCUGUGUGAAGGUAGCAUUGAGGAUUCGCCCUCAGAUGGCCAAGGAGAAGAUAGAGGGCUGUCAUGUGUGCACGCUUGUCACACCUGGAGAACCACAAGUUCUCCUGGGUAAAGACAAGGCCUUCACCUAUGACUUUGUGUUUGACAUCAACUCAGAGCAGCAGCACAUCUACCAGACCUGUGUGUACAAGCUCAUCGAGGGCUGCUUCGAGGGCUACAACGCCACAGUGUUCGCUUAUGGUCAGACGGGUUCGGGGAAGACCUACACCAUGGGGACAGGCUUCGAUGUGAGCCUGGGCCAGCAGGAGCAGGGCAUCAUCACGCGGGCUGUUCACCAGCUGUUUGAGGGAAUCAAGAACAGGAGGGUGCGCGCCCAGGAGGCCGGCAGCCAGCCACCCGAAUUUAAAGUCAGCGCCCAGUUCCUAGAGUUGUACAAUGAAGAGGUCCUCGAUUUGUUUGACGGAACCAGAGAUCCAGAGAGUCGGAACAGGAAGUCCAACAUUAAGAUCCAUGAAGACGCCAGUGGCAGCAUCUACACCACUGGAGUCACGUCCAGACUGGUGCAGUCAGAGGAGGAGCUGCUGCAGUGCCUGAAGCUCGGUGCUUUGUCCCGCACCACAGCCAGUACCCAGAUGAACGCCACAAGCUCCCGCUCGCACGCCAUCUUCACCAUCUACCUCUGUCAGAUGAGAGUGUGCCCGCAGGCUCAAAUGUUGAACGGCGUGGACUCCAGCCCCAUCGCUCAGCCGGAGUUCGAGACUCUGAUGGCAAAGUUCCACUUUGUGGACCUGGCUGGCUCUGAGAGGCUGAAACGCACAGGAGCUACAGGAGAGAGAGCCCGCGAGGGAAUCUCUAUUAACUGUGGACUGCUGGCGCUGGGAAAUGUGAUCAGUGCUUUAGGAGACCAGGCUAAGAAGGGAGGACACGUCCCUUACAGAGACUCCAAACUCACUCGUCUACUACAGGACUCACUGGGAGGCAACAGUCGCACGUUGAUGAUCGCCUGCAUCAGUCCGUCAGACCGGGACUUCAUGGAAACACUAAACACACUGAAGUACGCCAACCGUGCCCGAAACAUCAAGAACAAGGUGGUGGUGAACCAAGACAAGACCAGCCAGCAGAUCAGUGCCCUGCGUGCCGAGAUAGCUCGGCUUCAGAUGGAACUGAUGGAGUACAAGGCGGGGAAGCGUGUGGCAGGUGAGGAUGGCUCAGAGGGCUUCAGCGACCUGUACCAGGAGAAUGCAAUGUUGCAGAGAGAAAGCGACACACUGCGCCUGAGGGUAAAGGCCAUGCAGGAGACCAUUGACCACCUCAACACCCGUGUAACGCAUCUGCUGGCCAAUGAGGUCAGCGCUCUGCUGACCAAGUCAAGUGAGGGCAAUGAGGAGAUCGGGGCUUUAAUCCAGAACUACAUCCGAGAGGUUGAAGAACUUAGAACCAAGCUUCUUGAGAGCGAGGCCAUGAACGAGUCGCUGCGACGGCAGGCGCCGCGACUCUCCUCGCGUUCCCCGUUCCCUUCCUCCGCUCACAGCCCCGCCCCGGGCCACCCCCCUGGCUCCUCCCCUGCUCCCUUGUCCAUGGAGGCGGAGAUGACGGACGUGUUGCGCCGGGCCAAGAUGGACAUCGAGAGGCUAAAGAAGAAGGAGAGGAGGCAGAGGAGAAUGAGUCCCGAGUUGGAGAAAGGUCUGAAGAAACGAGUGAAGCUGCACACUCACGAGAAUGGAGAGAACGGGCAGAAUGGUCAAAACGGACAGAAUGGAGAGAUUGAUUCAGACGACAAUUACACUGAGGAUAUCAUGUCCCCACUGCAGGAGGAGAGUGGUUGUGAUGAAGAUGAAGGGGAAGAUGAAGAGGAGGGCAGGGAGGAGGAGGACGGUUUUGACAGUGACGAGAGCCAGGUGGAUUCAGACUCAGACGCCGAUGAGAAAGCCAACUUCCAGGCGGACCUGGCUGAUCUGACCUGCGAGAUCGAGAUCAAACAGAAGCUGAUGGACGAGCUGGAGAACAGCCAGCGGAGGCUGCUGAUGCUCAAACUGCAGUACGAGGAGAAGCUCAUUCUACUGCAGAACAAGAUCCGAGACACUCAGCUGGAGAGAGACCGCGUACUGCAGAAUCUCAUGUCUAUGGAGAACUAUACAGAGGAGAAGGCCAACCGGAUCAAGCAGGACUACGAGAAACGUCUUAAGGAGAUGAAUCGAGACCUGCUGAAGCUGCAAGUGGCACAGAAAGAACAUGCGCGUCUCCUGAAAAACCAGGGGAGGUACGAACGGGAGCUGAAGAAACUCCAGACCGAGGUCAACGAUAUGAAGAAAGCCAAGGUGACACUGAUGAAGCAGAUGAAGGAGGAGCAGCAGAGGAGGAGGAUGGUGGAGGCAAAGAGGAACCGUGAGAUCGCCCAACUCAAGAAGGAGCAGCGCCGCCAAGAGUACCAGAUUCGAGCGCUGGAGUCUCAGAAGCGGCAGCAGGAGCAGGUGCUGCGCAGGAAGACCCAGGAAGUGACCGCCCUGCGGCGCCUGGCCAAGCCCAUGUCAGACCGUGUGGCGGGGCGUGUGGCCCGCUGGAACCAGACUCCCCCAGUUACAGACUCUGGAGCAGAGUUGUCAGCCAGCACCACAGCGAGCAGCUCUGAACCUGAGACUGGGAGGACUGUGAGUGGGCUGGUGAGACAGUGGAACAACAAAAACAAUGUGUUUGGAUAUCUGGCAGAGAGUGAAGGGAGCAUGGAUGGAACCAGGGUCAUUGGCAGUAGGAAGAAGUUGCAGCGUAAGCCAGCUGGCGUUGGAAGCGCUGGAGUGGCGGGCAGAGCCAGCAGCUUCUCCAAGUCUGCCCGUCAGAAGUGGCAAGCGCUCGAGCGUCGCAUUAUGGACAUUGUCAUGCAGAGAAUGACAAUCGCUAACGUGGAAGCUGACAUGGAUCGCCUUAUAAAGAAGCGAGAGGAGCUGACAGUCCAUCAGGAAUCGCUCUCACAUAAGAGGGAGGUACUAAUGGCAGACGGAGAGGGACCAGAAGCAGAGGACCGCCUCCUUCAGGAAAUUACUGAGGAGAUUGAGGUGCUGAACGCCAACAUAGACUACAUCAAUGACAGCCUGUCUGACUGCCAGGCCACCAUCGUACAGAUAGAAGAGACCAAGGAUGAGCUGGACUCGGUGGACACCUCAGUGGUGAUCAGUUCCUGCUCUCUGGCUGAAGCACGCAACCUGCUGGACCACUUCCUGAAGGCUUCCAUAGACAAAAGUUUACAGGUGGCUCAGAAGGAGGCUCAGGUGCGACUGCUGGAGGGUCAGCUGAGACAGACAGAUGUGAUUGGCUCAUCUCACAAUCACAUAAUCCUUGAUGCCCUGCGAGAAAAAGCAGAGUACAUCCCUGAGCUCCAGGCUCUCAUCCACAAUGUACAGCAGGAAAAUGGUUACACCAGCACAGACGAGGAGCCCUCGGAGUUCAGCCAGGCGUCUGACAGCAGUGUAUCUCAAAUGAAAGAAUCCAACAGCCAAGAUGAUUUCAAAAUAAAGAUGGAGCCUCGUCUGUCAGCUCAGAUGAAGGCGGUGUCUGCGGAGUAUUUGGGUCCCAUCCUGGACUCCUCAUCAGGCAGCAAGCAGCAGCACAUCACCAAGUCUCUGGCCUCGCUGACAGACAUCCAGGAGGACGGCAUGAGCCUAGGGACAACGAGUCUGGGGCUCAGCCUGGCCCUGCGAGACCCCUACCACAGGGACCGGGCGUUCCGCACCAUCAGCCUACCUGUCAGGGGACACACCUUUCCCAGGCAGUCUCGAGGUUAUGACACUUCCCCUCUAACAAGGAGGAAAUCUUACGACCGCGCGUACAGGCCCACUGACGGCUAUACUCCCCCCUCCUCCCCUCCUCUGAGGACCAGGAACGACCGCAACGUCUUCUCAAGGCUCACCAGCAACCAAACCCAAGGUUCUGCUCUGGACAAGUCGGAUGACAGCGACUCUUCGCUCUCCGAGGUGCUCAGGGGUGUGAUCAAUCCCAUCGGAGGUGUGAAGGGGGGUCGGACGGCGCCCCUGCAGUGUGUUUCUGUAGCCGAGGGCCAUUCGAAGCCGGUUCUGUGUGUGGAUGCUACCGAUGAGCUGCUAUUCACUGGAUCUAAAGAUCGCACCUGUAAGAUGUGGAACCUAGUAACCGGUCAAGAGAUUGUCACCCUCAAAGGCCACCCAAACAAUGUGGUGUCAGUCAAAUAUUGUCCUGCCUCCUGUCUGGUCUUCUCUGUCUCCACCUCCUACAUCAAGGUGUGGGACAUCCGUGACUCUGCCAAGUGUGUCCGCACGCUUACUUCAUCGGGGCAGGUGGUUUCAGGUGAUGCAUGUGCUGGCACCACCACCCGCACAAUAACCUUUGCACAGGGCGAGUGUCAAAUUAACCAGAUAGCCCUCAACCCAUCAGGAUCUGUGCUAUAUGCUGCUGCUGGAAACACCGUUCGCAUGUGGGACCUCAACAGGAUGCAAGGGAUGGGGAAGCUGACAGGCCACAUCGGCUCUGUCAUGUGUCUGACAGUUGGACAGUCUCUGCUGGGCAAAGACCAAGUAAUCACUGGCUCCAAAGACCAUUAUGUCAAGGUGUUUGACGUGACAGAGGGAACUAUGGGUAAUGUAGGUCCAGCUCAUAACUUUGAGCCGCCCCAUUAUGAUGGCAUCGAGUGUUUGGCUGUACAGGGAGAUGUGCUGUUCAGCGGGUCCAGAGACAACGGCAUCAAAAAAUGGGAUCUGGAGCAGCAGGAACUCACUCAGCAAAUCCCCAACGCCCAUAAGGACUGGGUGUGCGCUCUGGCAUAUGUCCCGGGCCGGCCCAUGCUGCUGAGCGCCUGUCGGGGCGGCAUGCUGAAGGUGUGGAACGUAGAGAACUUCACCCCCAUAGGAGAGGUCAGAGGUCAUGAAAGCCCCAUUAACGCCAUAUGUACCAACUCAAGACAGAUUUUCACUGCAUCCAGCGACAAGACAGUGAAGAUCUGGUCGUCAAAGGUGUGGAGGAAAAGGUGACAACCGAAGUAGUUCCUUUGUCGGCCAUCUUGCUGCAACUUUCUGACCUGCUCGUUUCCAGCAAUGAGAUGUGACACCGAAAACUCUGUUUCCAAGGCAAUCAAGGUUUUUUUUUUCUUUGUCAAGGUGAAACAUGACAAAGCCAAGGUUGAAUAUGUAUUCAGGCAAAUUUUACUGCCAAUUUGAAAGUGCCAUUCAGGUGUGAUGUUACUUGGACAAGAUAAACUGCAUCUUCCCAGCCUUGGAUAGACUAGGCGGAACAAUUUCUCUCUCCUGGCAUGAAAACUACCACAGUCUGGUAUUAAAAGGACAAUAAAAAGUGUCCUUCUGUUCUUUCGCCAAGGUUUUGCUGUCAUUGUGGAACAACGACCGAUGAAUUGGCUCAGAGACAUGCAUUUGUGUAUCUAUUGUAUGAAAGUCAUGACGCGGGGGGAAUUUAAAUCCCAGAGAGAUGUUAACUAACAACUGGGACCUCUGACCCUUUCCUCCUUUUCCUCCGCUCAGGACCAUUAGUGUUCAUUAGCGCUGUGAUUGUUCUGAUACUGAACACAUUGGAGGGUCAUGCGAUAAGCUCAUCGUGGUGGAUGAUCAAUAAAAAAAUUGUGGUUGAAACAUCACUGGACAAUUACACAAAACGCCAUCACUUGAUGAACGCCCUCCAUUCACUUGUAAUGUAGUUCACAUGGCUCACUGAAGCUUUAUUGUGUUCCACAAGCCGUGUCAAUGUUUUUUAAUGACAUUUACUAAUUUAUUUUUUUCCCUACCUCAGUUGUUUUGGAUUUUGGCGUGAGGGAACAUUUUUUACGGGUCUCUCUGUGUACAAACACCUAGUUCUUGGCAUUUUGAAGUCUUUAUUUAAUGCCUGGCUCUUCAUCUCUGUGAGGAUGUGUCCUCUGUGGCCGUCUUGCUGCUGACCCUGCAAACAAGAAAGCACACAUCCAGUAGCACAACUAAGGCCCGGAGGUUCUGCCUGCAUUGUAAUAUUUGCUCUGCAAAGUGCUAACUACGACAGAAAAAAAAAACACCCUUGCAGAUGCACAUAACACAAACAGUACAUACCUACAGCACACACUCCUGAGACAUUUGUGAGUCGGAUACUCCAUUGAGUGCCUGACCAUUAUCUCGCCCAUCCUACAGUACGUGGCCCAUACCUGCCAGUUAUCCUCCACAAAUGGUAAUAGGAGCCUCACCAUUUCCCCCCCUGCCUGCUUUCAGCUCCACUCUGAUCGUUGAGGUUAGCGACUGUAUCAGACUGACCAGCCAUACUGAGGAGUCCACCUCCUUCCCAGCUACUGAACUUCUCUGGGAAGCCAAUUUAAUUAGAGGUCUCGCAGCUCUACCGGCUGCUUGUCAGGCAAGAUUACUUGGGUGAAAGUAGGUCAUAACUGAGAGGGAUUUCUUAUUAAAAUCCCAAUUUUCCUCCACCCACGUUUUGCUGCUACAUUUAAAGAGAGGGAGAAACUUGCGGUACCCGUGCACUGAUGUACAAAUCUGCAGAUUAUGUGUAUGCACAAACCAUGGACACACAAACACAGGAUUUCAGUGGAUGUUUCGGUUAUUCAUCUUGCCUGAUAGGUCUUGGCAUCCCUCACUGUGUUGAUUUAGUGUCUCUUUAAUGAAACAAAUUCAGCACUGCAGCAAUGCACUGACACACAGAUAUAUGUGUAUACACAGUAUAUACACACACACACACACACACACACACACACACACACACACAAACACAAACACUCACUCUUUUACACUCCUACAGGUAACAGUAAUAAUAACCGAAGUCUUAACAUUUUUGUCUGGCAUUUUGAGGCAUUCACAUUACUUUCAAUUUAUGAUCUUGGGCUUUCUUUGUAUCAGUUCAAAAUGUCAUGCAGCAUUUAGAAGCUCCUUCACAUACAGUAUCUAUGUCUUACAGCUUGAUAAAAAUCAAUUAAUGUGUGUUAGUUUCACGGCACAGUUUUUUCAGCCCUGAAAUCUCACUCCUGUUGAGAAAUACUUUGGUCAUUUAGUGCACUUUUUUGUAUAAAAGACCCAGAAACCUAUAGUUUAAUCAAACCAAGCUUGGAUCAUAAAACAGAGUUUGAAGCUGCGGGUGAUUGUGUGGAUGGACAAAAUUAGUUGAAGCAUUCCUGGUUUUAAUAUUCUGCCAACUCAGGUAAAGGAUGAAGGAUGUUAGUCAUACAUGUGUCAUUACUGUACUUGACCCUGUGAAUUAAGGUAGCUCUUUGACCAGAUGCCUUGUUUGAAAGUUGUUGUUUUUUUACUUUGAGAAAAAAAAGGUACUAUUAUGUAUCGCCCCUUUUUGUAAAAAGACUAAUUUCCAUGUUUUGGUUUUGCAUUUGUUUCCCUUUACUUAUUAUCUAUGUACUGUGCUCUCCUCUACAAAAUGUACACAUCUUACAUUAUAGCUUCCCAAUCUGGCCAAAGCUGAAAGUCUUGCAACUCUGAGAAGAUGUGCACUGAUUUUUGACCAUAAUUACUUGUUUAAAAUAUGUAUAAAUGUGGUAAUUGUAUAGUAGUUAAAGUGGAGUGUACAUAAUGUGGUCAGUAGGGAAAUUAACCUCCAUAACAUAAUGGGUUAUAUACUUUGACUUUGAGUCAGACUCCACUCUGCCCUUCACUGUAUACUAUGUAUAUAUCUGUGCUCAUUAGCCAAACUGACCCUUCUCACCUGCUGUGUGGUGUGUUUCAUGUGAUAAGAAUGCUAAGCCAGCCUGGAGGGCUGGCUUUUUCUCUUCUCCAGACUCCUACUUAUUGCUAGAGAAGAUCUUGUAGUACUGUAGCUUUAGGCACUCUCUUUGGUGCCCUGUGCUUGUACAUUUGUUGACUGAUGCAUUUUGUUUGUGGUACUCAUCGAUGGAUUGGUCACCUCAAAACAUAGCAAUUUAGUAGGCAAUUGCUAUUGUCAAUCUUAAUGUUAAACGCCUGAGUGGAUUUGCUACUGAAAUCUUUUGUUUUGGCCAUUUAUUUGGAUUCGGGAGCAUUGACAGUCAGUAACUUUGAGUGUGCUUCACAAAAGAUGAAAAGAUAUAGUAUAGCCAAGCAGAAGACCUAAAUUAUUAUCUGGCCUUGGAUCACCCCCACCCAAAGUUGGCCCGAGUUCUGAGUCUUGUAUUCUGCCAAUGUCAGCACCACUUCAUUAUUUGAUGAUGUGUAAAUAGGUGUGUCGUACCUUUUUUAAUAUUACAUAGGAGAUUUAGCCGAGGUUAACUGACGUCUUCCUCAUCAGCUGGCCUCUGAGAAAUCUACAGCGUAAUCGCUGCAAGUUAGUAUUUACAUGCACUUUGGAUAAUGAACACUGCUGUGAAUACUCUGUGAACUGUUUUUUUCUAGAUAUGUAUUAAGCCUAUUUUUAGACUUAGUUUACAAAGAUGGAGUUUAUGAGUCUCAAACGAGGCUUAAAGCACUGAAAUUGUACUGAAAGGAUCACGUCUGUUUAGCUCAGCAGUAGGUUUAGAAAUCAGUUUUAUUAAUAUGUGUGCUGAUACAGUAUAUAAGAUAACAGUCAAGACAUAGAAACCCCCGGUAUAUCCCUGCCUUUAAAGUCACCCUUUUGUAUAGCAAAUGUUGCCUGAGAAUGAUAAUAUGACAGAGCAGCAUGCACACCUAGACGCGCAGGAGAGUCCAUCUCCAGCCUUAUUUCCCUGGCUGUCAGCUGGUAUUUGGACAUUUGUCCUAAUAAUACUGGCCAUAUUACUCUAUGAAAGGUAUGAUCUGAGAUGCAGGAUGACAAGAUCUAACUGUAAUCUGUUUCUCCUGCAACAAUCAACUGUAGAAAAGGUUCCCGUAGCCCCUAUUAGCAUCUAGUUUAAAUUGGAAAGCUGUUUGACCAAAGCUAAAUAUCACUUCAACAGCUGAUGCCUUGCUCACUCUUUAAAGCUGCUACUGUAUGUGUAAUUGAAAAUGUCUGACUUUGGUUGCCACCAGUGGUAGUAUAAAAAAGCAUUGUGGCAAACAACAAUGCACCCACGAAUCUCACCUGGGGAUACAAUGACCAUUCACUUAGCCACCUCCCUGUCAAAGUUUCCGUUCCUUCACAGAACGUAUGCAGUUUACAGUAACAACAGUGGCAGAUUUGCAACUCAAAAUACACACUUCUGUGCUUUAAUGAUUGUAUUAUUUUAAUAGGUAUGCUCCACUUUUACAAAAGAAAAGGAUUUUAGAAUAAGGACUAACCAAUGAGUUUGGCCGACAUAGUACUAUCUACUGUAAUGCAAGUUUGGUUGGAGUUAGUGCAGUGUAAACUUUUCGGAAAAGAGCCAAUUGUUACUCUAAACUCUGAACAGAUAUUUUUCUGACUUAACCUGUAACCAAACAUAAUAAUAUAGUUACUUAAUGACAUGCAUCUUGCUUUUAAAAUAACACUGGUUUACUUCUGCAGGUAGCUAGUCAGCCAGACAUGCUAACGUUUGGAAAAGCUUAAAAAACACUGCCCUCCAAACUCUUUAUAGACAGAGUUUUGCUCAUAUUCGAGCCCCGUGCACACCUGCAGCAUGUGGAGAAAUCCAAAGCUUGACAGGUCCGCAGUGACUAGUUAAGGUUGCUAAGCUCUGUCUGGACAGUUGUUUAGUGAAUGGUCAAUUGGCAAAAAUAUUUAAUGUGUAGUGGCUGAUAUUAGAUAUAGGACCACAGGAGAGCUGCUUGUCAAACUGAUGUGUGAUUACUAUCUGUAGCAUUUCCAGCCCAACCAUCUUAUGACCACUAGGACAUUAAAAACCAAGUAGUCAGCUCAGCUUCAGCCUUGUGCCUCAGCCAACAGGCCUUACUGCCUUAAAGAAACAGAAUGUGUUUGUAGGACAUUGAUAAUCAUUCACUUAAUAUCUUGAAUCUGUAACAGACUUAUUCUGAUGAUUGUAGAUUAUCCUACAGAUUGUGGAACUCUGUUGUAAGUCAGACGAUGUCUCAGCUCAGUUUAUCAGCAUGGCUGAAAAUACUUUUCACUUUGCCGCAGGCUGCUGAGGGGUUAGGAUCACAUUUAGACGCAACGGAGAGGGCACUUUACUGCUUUGCUGCUCGGCAGCUAAUUGCUACCAACACACACCAACACAGGUCUUCUUUGCAGCUGCUCAAGUAAUUUUUCUCCAGGUGUGCAUAUGUGGUAACACAAUAUGUGGCAGUGUCCUUGAAAUAUGUAAUCAUGAGACAUAAAUGCAGGGUCAAAGGUUUGUGCCUUUUAUUGCACAGACUACUCCCUCUUAAUUGAGUGUAAAUGUGUACAGUUUUUUUUAUAUGACAAUGUGCAUGAUACCAAGCCAUGUAAAAUAUACUGCUGUAAAUGGUGUAAGUAAAUAUUUAAUGAA